AGAGGUUAGUAUCCCCUGGAAGGGGGUGACUCUGGUUCUCAGGGUCCCUGGGGUGUGGGGGAGUAGUGGCCCCUGGAAAGAGAGUGUCUCUGGGUGUUGAGGUCCCAGGGAGAUAGUGUCCCUUGGAAGGGGCUGACUACGUGUUGAGCCCAUUGGGAGUUGGAAAUUGUGGGUCCCUGGUGGGGCAGUAUCCCCUGGAGGGAGCUCCCUCGGGAUUGGGGUCCCAUAGGGGGAGAUUGUGGGUGUUGGGUGUGUCUGGGGUGUAUCUCCUGGAAGGAGUGACUCAGUAGUGAGUAUCCUGCUUCCCACUGAUCUCUGGGGGGGGUGUUGUACAUUUACCGCGGGGCCUGAGCCCCGAGCCACUGGGUGAGGAUGGCGUGGGCUCUGAAGCUGCCGCUGGCGGAUGAGGUGAUCGAAUCGGGACUGGUGCAAGAUUUCGAUGCCAGCCUCUCGGGCAUUGGCCAGGAACUGGGCGCUGGCGCCUACAGCAUGAGUGAUGUUCUAGCCCUGCCCAUAUUCAAACAGGAAGAAUCAAGUUUGCCUCCCGACAACGAAAACAAGAUCCUGCCUUUUCAAUACGUUCUGUGUGCAGCCACAUCCCCUGCCGUGAAACUCCAUGACGAAACACUCACCUAUCUCAAUCAAGGUCAGUCGUAUGAGAUCCGGAUGCUGGAUAACAGGAAAAUCGGGGAGCUGCCUGAGAUAAAUGGGAAACUGGUAAAGAGUAUAUUUCGAGUGGUGUUUCAUGACCGGCGGCUGCAAUAUACGGAGCAUCAGCAGCUUGAGGGCUGGAGGUGGAACAGGCCUGGGGACAGGAUAUUGGAUAUAGAUAUCCCGAUGUCUGUGGGUAUAAUUGACCCCAGGGCAAAUCCAACACAGCUAAAUACAGUGGAGUUUCUCUGGGAUCCUUCAAAGAGGACUUCAGUGUUCAUCCAGGUGCACUGUAUCAGCACGGAGUUCACCAUGAGGAAACAUGGCGGCGAAAAGGGAGUGCCCUUCCGAGUCCAGAUCGACACCUUUAAAGAGAAUGAGAAUGGGGAGUACACUGAGCACUUGCAUUCUGCCAGCUGCCAGAUUAAAGUCUUCAAGCCCAAAGGAGCAGAUCGAAAACAGAAGACGGACAGAGAGAAAAUGGAGAAGCGAACUCCUCAUGAGAAGGAGAAAUACCAGCCUUCCUAUGAGACCACAAUACUCACGGAGUGUUCUCCGUGGCCAGAGAUCACUUAUGUCAACAAUGCACCGUCUCCUGGCUUUAAUAGCUCCCACAGCAGCUUUUCCAUUGGUGAGGGAAAUGGCUCUCCAAACCACCAGCCCGAGCCACCUCCUCCGAUCACAGAUGUAAGUCCCACCUCAAAUCUUAUGCUUGUGAACCUCCUGCCAACGACGACGCCUCAGGAAGCCCAGCAAUGGCUGCAUCGAAACCGCUUCUCCACGUUCUCCCGGCUCUUCACGAACUUCUCAGGUGCAGACUUACUGAAGCUAACCAGGGAAGAUGUUAUCCAGAUCUGUGGCCCUGCAGAUGGCAUCAGGCUCUUCAAUGCGUUAAAGGGACGGCCUGUGUGUCUGGUCUUCUGCAUCAAGGAGCCUGAAAAGUGGAGCGUGGGACCUGAGCAUCAGGGAAACUGGAAACAUGCUCACGGUAAACUCAGUGGUAUUCACCUGUUACGCCCUCCCUCCCGCAGGAUGGUACGGCCAAGGCUGACCAUCUACGUGUGCCAGGAGCCUCAGCCGCUGAGGGACCAGCAGAAGCAUGAGGAUGGGGAGCCGGCAAACAGUACUUUCUUUGUAUAUCACGCUAUCUAUCUGGAAGAGCUGACAGCAGUGGAACUGACAGAAAAAAUAGCCCAGCUGUUCAGUAUCUCCUCUCGACAGAUCAGCCAUAUCUACAAACAAGGCCCUACAGGGAUACACGUACUGAUCAGCGAUGAGAUGAUUCAGAACUUCCAAGACGAAUCGUGUUUUGUUCUGGACACAAUGAAAGCUGAAACCAAUGAUAGCUACCACAUCAUCUUAAAAUAAGAGGGAACUGGACUAGGAGAGAGCCCGUAGCCACCUCUCAUCACACACAAAGACCCAUCGCCUAUUGCACAAGGAUGCCAGCAGAGAUCAGAAAUUCAUGGGAGGCUUCUGUAAAGAUCCCGGUCUUUGUUGUUACUGCGCGGUACCUUCUGGCAGGUGACCCACCCCACCCCCCCCGUAGCUCUUCUGGCAUGCAGCCUGCUGAUGAUGAUGAUAGCGCACUGCUUAACCUCUGGAGUUUGAAAUGGAAGUAGUUGCAGAUGUGAGGCUAAACUUGCCAGGUUGUGUUGUCCUUCGCUAUUGAUAGAAACUUGCCUUUGUGUCUUGGGACCUGCGUAUGGGUUUAGUGAUAAGUGUGUUACAUUUUGAGAGGAGUUGGCUCCUGUGAUUGUGCUGGAGACUUGCAAGUGAACAUCUAUUCUAAUAACUCAACCCAGCAACCUCUCUGGCCUACACAGCAACCUCUCAAACACCCCGCCCCCCAAAAUAAACCUUCCAACUGCACUGAUGGAACUGGGGGGAGGAAGCAUUAUUUUUUUAAGCUUCUCUUUGACAUUGUCGGACAGCUGCAUUGUGAAGGCGUUAUUCUCAUUCUCCCAAUCCUUGUUGGUUUAGUUCCUGCGUGUGCGUGUGAGAAAGAGAUUGAUUGUAGUUCUGUCCUCCAUGUCCGUGUCAAGACCUUCAGGAACUAACUCCAUUCUCAUGGAUUUAUAAGGUCACUGUCUAUAUGGACAAACAUGGCUUUACUCUCAAAGCUCACGUGACUUUGGAAAAAAAAAAUGAAAUUUGAUGAUGAAUUAGCUAACUGAUGAUAUGGUCUGUUUCCUGUAUGAUUUUUUUUUAUUAAAAAGGAACUAAAAUUCUUGAUCUUUGAGGUGGAGGGGAAGUGAUAAACUUCUGCUGUACCUUCAUUGUAAACUUGGGUGACACUUUAUUGGCAUGUUGACUUUUUUAUGUCUCAUUGGCCUGAAACUCACUUUCGGAGCUGAAACAGUAUGGGACCAGCACUGAAAAACAUUGACAGAGCAAGAGCCUGCAGGCUGUGCUUUAAGCUACUGAAAACGCCAUGGCGACAAAAGGGCCUAGAUACAGAUUUCCAGGACAGCAGCCGUUGGGUCUCUUGGGUGUUUUAAAAAAAAAAAAAAAUCGGCUUCCUAAAACAGAUGCCUGAGCACAUGCCCCUCUUUGUGAGAGCACCUAUUAUAGCUUGAAAUAAGAUGUUCUAAAUAAAAAGCAUCUUAUAAUAAAGUGAGGCCUGGAUUUAUAUUUGCCCAGAAUGUCAGGUUCUUGGGUAAACAGAUGGUUUUUAUAAACAUACAUGAAAUAUUUUUACAAGAAACAUAAUACAAAGCAGAUGUGUUCAAAUGAUUAGGUUGUGACAUUAACCAACACAAGGCAGGAAAUGCCAGGUUCUGAGUUGGACCAGGAAAGGCCUAGCUGGGGCGGGGAGUAAUGCUGCGUAUGCGACAGUCUGACAAUCAUAUCUCCAUAGUUCUAAACAGCUGGUAAGAUACUGACUGCUCCUCUUAUAACCCUAAGAAGACCUGUAUGAACUCCCCUCUGCCUCCAAUUCAUUGGAAAGCCCUAAAGAUGGCAAUCAUUAUGUAUCUGUUCCAAUCCCCCCUUCCCUCUGACGAUGAUGGCUUCUGUAGAUGCUAUUUAGUGAUGCGUCUGAGAGCCUUUCACCUCUAGACUGGAUUGGAAAUAAUGAAACAACUCAGCGAUCGCGCAAGAGUUGUUGGCCAUUUGAUGGCUGCUUGGUAGCCCCUGUGUGAAAGAUGCUGGAAGUCCUUGUCCCCCCUUGCCCCCCACAUUUCCUAGCAAAGACCUGUCAAUGCCAUAUCAUUGGCAUUGUUGGCGAAGAACUGAGUGAGCCAUAGAGACUGAGCCAGAAAUAGCCCCUCCGGGUUGAUGGUGAGUAACGUUUUGCAGGACAAUGUGCGAACAUGCCGUGCCGCUUGCUGUUUUGUACCUGUUCUGGGGAUAAAUAGAGGACUUCGGGACAGCCUCUUCUAUCCAGUUUUGUCACCCAGGGCUGAAUUCACUUCAAUGCCAAAGCAGUUGUUUUUUCCUGGGUUUUGCUUAAAAGGACUCUCUGAAAGCCCCUUUGUAUCACGGCCUGAUUUGUGGGCAGCAACCUGCGUUGUUCCUCUACCUGGCUUUUUGAUGGCUUGUGUCAUAACAGUUGUCAUGUUUGAAUCUUGAACUUAGAGCUAAACACUCUGAAAUUGCUGCGGCUCUUUGUUCUGUCAUGGAUCUUUGCCUAAUAAACGUGGAGGCCUCGGCCACUUAAAUCGAUGGGGCUAAAGAUGCCAAGAAAAUCUUAGAAAAAGCUGGAGCGAUUUCACCUGCUUUCCCUGCUGAAGAACGGUGUGCGCUACUGAUGAAUUGACAGGAUUAUGAACUCUGCAUACAGAGGUGCUAUUCUUUUGGCAGCUGGCCUUUUGUAUCUAUUGUACUACAUCAGUGAUAGAUUGGGAAGAUACCUGUAUUUUAAUCUGGGGGGGCCGGGUUCUCAGUAUGCAAGAGGCGUAAUAGAAAAUGUACAAUAGUGACAGACAUUGAAUAUUUUGUAUCCAUGUUUCUGGGUGCGUACAGAUU